AUGGUGCCCCGGGAGCCCGGCGCGGCCCUGACCCUCCGCCUCUGCCUGGCGGUGUUCGUGGUCGGCCUGGCGGCCCGCCCCGGCGCGGAGGCAGCGCGGCGGCCGGACGAGUCGCUGUCGGCCGGGAGCGUCCAGCGCGCCCGCUGCGCCUCCAGGUGCCUCAGCCUGCAGAUCACGCGCAUCUCCGCGUUCUUCCAGCACUUUCAGAACAAUGGUCCCCUGGUUUGGUGUCAGAAUCACAAGCAGUGUUCUAAGUGCCUGGAGCCGUGCAAGGAAUCCUGGGACCUGCGCAAGGAGCAGUGCCAGAGCUUCUGCGAGGCUCGGUCCCCCAAGAAGAACUACGAGUGUGUGACCAGCUGCGCGUUCCUCAAGUACGUGCUGGCCGUCAAGCAGGGGGACUGCCCGGCUCCCGAGAAGGCCAGCGGCUUCGCGGCCGCCUGUGUCGAGAGCUGUGAGGUAGACAGCGCAUGCUCCGGGGUUAAGAAGUGCUGUUCUAACGGGUGUGGGCACACCUGCCAGGUACCCAAGACGCUGUACAAAGGGGUCCCCCUGAAGCCCCGGAAGGAGUUACGGUUCACAGAGCUGCAGUCCGGACAGCUGGAGAUCAGGUGGUCCUCGAAGUUCAACAUCUCCAUGGAGCCUGUGAUGUACGUGGUGCAGAGGCGGUGGAAUUAUGGCCUCCAUCCCAGCGAAGACGACGCCACGCAGUGGCAGACGGUGGCCCAGACCACAGAUGAGCGGGUGCAGCUGAGCGACAUCCGGCCCAGCAGGUGCUACCAGUUCCGCGUGGCCGCGGUCAACGUCCACGGCACCCGGGGCUUCACGGCCCCCAGCAAACACUUCCGCUCCUCCAGAGAUCCGUCUGCACCUCCAGCUCCCGUCAACCUCCGGCUGGCCAACUCCACCAGCAACAGUGACGGCAGUGUGACCGUGACCCUGGCCUGGGAUGUCCCCGAGGAGCCGGACCUCCCUGUGCAUCACUACAAAGUUUUCUGGAGCUGGGUCGUCAGCAGCAAGUCCCUUGUCUCGACGAAGAAGAAGCGGAGGAUGACCACGGAUGGGUCUCAGAACUCCGUGGUCCUGGAGCGGCUGCAGCCGGACAGCAACUACAGCGUGGAGCUGCAGGCCAUCGCGUACUGGGGACAGGUGCGCCUCAAGAGUGCCAAGGUCGCCCUGCACUUCACCGCCACGCACCCCGCCCGUGACCAAGAGCCACUUGGCAAAGGUAAAAAGGGUGUGGUCCGGACGCAGCCCCCUGUCCAGAGACGAGGACACCGUCGUCUGCUGGAGGUGGGCGCUCCCUUUUACCAAGACGGCCGGCUGCAAGUCAAGGUCUACUGGAAAAAGACCGAAGAUCGUGGCGUGACUCAUUACCACGUGCGCUGGGUUCCCGAAGUCUGUGCCCGCAACGACAGCGCCAGGCCGGGGGCCGCGGCCAGCACCACCCAGGAAAAUCACAUCAUUCUGCAGGACCUGGCGUUUUCCUGCAAGUAUAAGGUGACUGUGCAGCCCCUGGGGCCCCAGGGCCACGGGAAGGCCGACUCGGUUCUCUUCGCGACCCCGCCCUGCUCCGCGCUGCCGGGGAAGAGCCGAGCGCUGGGCCACUGCCCCGGAGACGCAGGCCACCUUCCCCCCAGCGUGCUGGCCAAGCCGGAGAACCUGUCCGCGUCCUUUGCCACGCAGGACGGGAACAUCACGGGCCACUUCUCCUGGAGGAUGACCAAGGCCAGACUCCAGCAGCCCCUGACGGGCUUCCAGGUGACGUGGGCGGAGGUGACGACGGAGAGCAGGCAGAACAGCCUGCCCAACAGCAUCAUCUCGCAGUCGCAGAUCUUGCCCGCGGAUCACUCUGUCCUCACGGUGCCCAACCUGAGGCCGUCCACCCUGUACCGCCUGGAGGUCCAAGUGCUGACCACCGGGGGCGAGGGGCCGGCCACCAUCAGGACCUUCCAGACCCCCGAGCUCCCGCCCCCCACACACAGACCCCACCUGAAGCACCGCCACCCGCAUCUGCACGGCUCUCCUCCGGAAAGAUACUGAACCGCUCGAGAGGUGUCUGAGGACAGCGGCGGACUCGCCCCGGGACGCUGGAAACACGGUAUUCCCCCAGGACCCCUCCCCGGUCACGUCCCUGCAUCGCCUCCCCUCCGAAAGCACGGGCCCCGCGUCGAGGACCUCAGUCCCGAUCCCCCGCGCGCGCGGAGGACAGAGACGGGCCCCGAGCCUCGGUCUGCGGGCACAGGGCACCACGCGCCUCCCCCGAGGUGCCCAGAGCGGAGGGCCCUCGGACUCGGGGCAGCCGGUUCUCACGAGAAACCCGCAGGACCGCCACGCACGCCACACAGUCGCCAUCCGGGUCACCCCCGGAACUUUCCAAA